AUGUUCAAUGGUACAAUACGUGAUAAUCUAGAUCCACAACAUCGUUAUCGUGAUGAUGAAAUAUGGACAGCAUUGUUUGAUUGUAAAAUAAACAUUUUAAUCGAUUCAUUAGGCGGUUUAGAUGGCCAAAUAGAUGGUGAAAAUGGUAUGAAUCUAAGUAUUGGUCAACGGCAUUUAUUUUGUUUGGCAAGAGCAGUAUUGAAUAAAUGUAAAAUUAUUUGUAUGGAUGAAAUAAUGGCAAAUAUUGAUAAUGAAACUGGCAAAAUAUUGGAUGAACUGAUCGAUACUAUAUUCAAUCAAACGACCAUUGUACAUAUUGCACAUAAAUUGGAUUCAUUACGCAAUUAUGAUCAUUGA